UCCCGGAAGUCCCUCCGGGGCGACCGCAGAUGGACACCCGGCCCCGCCCCGGCCCCCAGGCCGCUGACUUCACCCCUUCCUCCCGGCGUGCCCCCCGGCCCCGCAGGAAGUUGCACAACCCAUAAUAGUAUAAAUGGGGCUUGCAGGGCGCGGCCGUGCACAGGACGCUGCAGCCAACGCCGUGGGAGCCGAGCGAGGCAUCCUGACCUCCGUUUCCGGCCAUACCCUGUGUCUUCCGGUUCCGACUGUCAGUCAUGGCCGCUGCCCUGUGGCUCCUUGUGGCGCUGGCCACGCCUGCCCCCAGCCCAGUGACGUCAGAGAGUGGCGCGGCCCCGCCCUUCUUCAACCUCCGAGUGUACCCAAAGGAGCUCCGCCUGAGCUGGGAGCGCAGGGCACCUGGGCCACAAGCCGUGUGCAGGAAGCAGGGGCUUGGAAUUGUGUGGCUCCAGGAUCCUUGACCCAUCCCGAUCCGUUCAAAAUGCCUGCGACUUCCUCUGCCCCGCCCCACUUCCUCUCUCCACUCCUCCCCAAGUCUGACAUCGGCCGUGAGCACUGCCGCUUCCCGUCGCUGUCCCUGUGUCACAUGACCAACAUCAGUGUCUUCCUCCCCAACGACCCGGGUGCCACCGCCACCUGGAUCCUGUUCCCCGAGUCGGACCCCAACCGCCCUGCAGCAGCCACAGACCUGCACUGCUGGCUGCACCAUGUGGACCAUGUUUCCUGCCGCUGGGGGCGGGGCCCUGGGGCGCCGAGCGAUGUGCAGUACCGGAUGUUCUGGCGGGAUGCCAGGCAGGGGCGGGACCGGGACCGUGAGUGCCCUCGCUAUGACGUCAUGGGCAUGGGUGGGGCCCGGCUGGGUUGCACACUGGACGCGGUGCUGCCCACGCUGAUGAUGGUGACAGUGACCGGGAGCAGCGGGCAGGGCCCCGUGUCCUGCAGUGACACUGCCGUGGACCUGCAGGCAGCAGAGGUCCUGACCCCGCCCACCCUGCGGGCCAAGUGCAAUGGCAGCGACACUGCCCUCGUGAGCUGGGUGAUGCGGAGCCGAUUCCACCGAGGGUUCGAGUUCCAGCUGGAAAUCCGCAAGGGUCCUCACUCAGAGCUGGAAACCGAGCACACCUCCGAGAGCCACUUCCGGGUCCGAAUCCCAGGCUCCGCCUCCUUCCGAGUCCGGGCGAAGCCAUCAGACAUUGCAGACUUCAGUGCCUGGAGCCAGGUCGCGGAAUUGGGCGUCUGCUCCCACCCAUCCCAAACCUCAAGGACCCCAUGGGGGAGAAAGCGGAGCCCGCAGAGCUGCGUGGGAGGCAGCACUGCCCGAGGAAUGCGAGGUGACGCAAGUGAUGGAGGCCUGAGCUGUCAAUUACCAAUAAAGGCGGGGCCGGCGGCGACCCUGCCCCUUCCACCACAGACUAGAAGUGGGGCUGCAGUUACUCGGGGGCCACCCCUGUCAUUCGCAGACCGGAAGUGGGGCUGUCAGUCACCUGGGGCCUCGCCCCUGUCAGUCACACACAGGAAGUAGAUGCUUAGUCUUUAUUGAUUGAUACACGGGGUCAGGGCUCCCUGAACUAGGACAGAUGUCGGGGUCAAGAGGUCAAACGUCCAGGGCUCCCAGGAUCCCUGGGGUCUGGAGGGGGACGGGGCCUGGGGAAGGGGCGAGGGGGCGGUGUUUAGAGGCUGAUUGACUGGCAGGGUGAUUGAUGUCAUGAUCGACAAGAGGCGGGGCCAGGGCUUGGCUGACGGCUGGCGGGGCGGGAGUCACGUGGAGACUGAUUGCAGUGGUGGGGCUGCUUCCAGUCCUAGCCGGUGUCACUUCCAGGAAGAAGGAAGCCAGCUGGUGGGCAAAAGCGGCUCAGGGCAACCCCCUGGGGUGGGGUGGGCGGGGCCCCAUUCAUCCCCAAUGGGCGCGGGACAUGAUAGGGAUGGGGCUCCGCCCAUCCCGGCCUCCCCCCCCACAGCGGCUCCCCGGUUGGGUGGUGAGAGGGACUAGAGGCCGGUGCGGGAGGGGUCUCUGUGCCCUGGGUGGCAGCUGCACCGCCUGGGCUCUGGGCUGUGCUCCUGGAACGCGAUGGAUGUCACACUCACUUGCUGGAGGGUUGGAGCCGUCUGAACUCCAUGCACACACCUGGUUCCAGGCCUCUUCCCUGCUGGGAUUGGCAGGCAGUGUUUCCCAUCUCGCCUUCUAGAUCCACUGCUGCAUCUCUGCUUCAUGUGCAGAAGACGUGUUCCCUCAGUCAUUUGUUGAUUCAUUCAGUCGUUCAUUUAUUUUGUCUCUCUCCCUCCAUCCUCUCACUUUUGUCCUCUCCCCAUUCCUCUAUUUUCAUAAAGACACCUUUCAUACCAGAUUUGUCACGUCUUGCCCCUAAACCCCAGGGUGACCUCACCAUGUCAGUCUCUGUAAGACCCAAUUUAGAAAUAAUGUUGACAUUGCCCGUUACUGGUGUAGCGCUUCAACACACAAGAAGACACAGAUCACCAGUCAGUCUUCAUCAGGCCUAAGGCCCAAGGAAAAUGAUUUGGAGAGAAAAAACUCAGGGAUCUGGAGCACAUGCUUUCCAGGCUGAUCAUGUGCUCUCAGAAUAAGCAGAAAAGGGAUGUGUGGCUUAAUAAAGUUCUGUGUUGCAAGAA